GGAGGCCCAGGUGCAAACAUCACUUAUUGAAGUACUAGAUACGGAGAGUUUAUUCCCCAUCGAAAGUGAGCCCCUGGAGCAGACCCCAGAUCUUGACUUUCAAGACAUGCAGGUGAAGAAUUUAUUCCCAUUAUUUGUUGAAGUUGAAGUGCAAACCUCAUAUGUAGACAUACCAGCAGGGAAUAAGUGGCGUUCGACACGACUACAAGCCGAGGCCCAAGUGCAAACCUCAAAUCAUGAAUUAUUAAAGACACUUUCUUCUCUCUCACAAAAGGAAGCCCAGGUGCAAACCUCCAAACUUUCAAUAACAGAAGCAGAGGAGGUGCCUCUUUUCCCAUCACUAACCGAGGCCCAGGUGCAAACUUCAAGACUUGCAUUAACAGAAAUGGAGGAGGAGGUGGCCCCAUUCCUGGUAGAAGAAAAGCCUGUCCCCACAACUCAAAGUGAAGCUGCUGUGCAAACCUCGUAUGUGGACAUACCAGCAGGGAAUAAGUGGCGUUCGACACGGCUACAAGCUGAGGCCCAGGUACAAACGUCAAGUAUUGAGUUACUGAAGAAGCUUUCUUCCCUCUUAGUAACUGAGACCCAGGUGCAAACGUCAAGUAUUGAGUUACUGAAGACGCUUUCUUCCCCAUCGCUAACCGAGGCCCAGGUGCAAACCUCUAAACUUGCAGUAACAGAAGCAGAGAAAGUGCCUCUUUCCUCCUCACUAACCGAGGCCCAGGUGCAAACCUCUGAACUUGCAGUAACAGAAGCAGAGGAGGUGCCUCUUUCCUCCUCACUAACCGAGGCCCAGGUGCAAACCUCUGAACUUGAAGUAACAGAAGCAGAGGAGGUGCCUCUUUCCCCCUCACUAACUGAGGCCCAGGUGCAAACCUCCGAACUUGCAGUAACAGAAGCAGAGGAGGAGGAAGCCCCAUUCCCAAUAGAAGAAAAGCCUCUCACCAAAACCGUAGCUGACGCUGCUGUGCAAACCUCAUAUGUGGACAUACCAGCAGGGAAUAAAUGGCGUUCGACACGGCUACAAGCUGAGGCCCAAGUGCAAACCUCAGGUAUUAAGUUACUGAAAAAGCUUUCUUCCCUCUUAGUAAACAAGGCCCAGGUGCAAACGUCAAGUAUUGAGUUACUGAAGACGCUUUAUUCCCCAUCACUAACCGAGACCCAGGUGCAAACCUCCAAACUUGCAGUAACGGAAGCGGAGGAGGUGCCUCUUUCCCCCUCACUGACUGAGGCCCAGGUGCAAACCUCCAAACUUGCAAUAACAGAAGCAGAGGUGGAGGAAGCCCCAUUCCCAAUAGAAGAAAAGCCUCUCACCAAAACCGUAGCUGACGCUGCUGUGCAAACCUCAUAUGUGGACAUACCAGUAGGGAAUAAGUGGCGUUUGUCACGGCUACAAGCUGAGGCUCAGGUACAAAUGUCAAGUAUUAAGUUACUAAAGAAGCUUUCUUCCCCAUCGCUAACUGAGGCCCAGGUGCAAACGUCAAGUAUUGAGUUACCGAAGACGCUUUCUUCCCCAUCGCUAACCGAGACCCAGGUGCAAACCUCCAAACUUGCAGUAACAGAAGCAGAGGAGGUGCCUCUUUCCCCCUCACUGACUGAGGCCCAGGUGCAAACCUCUGAACUUGCAAUAACAGAAACGGAGGUGGAGGAAGCCUCAUUCCCAAUAGAAGAAAAGCCUCUCACCAAAACCGUAGCUGAAGCUGCUGUGCAAACCUCAUUUGUAGAUGUACCAGUAGGGAAUAAGUGGCGUUCGACACGGCUACAAGCUGAGGCCCAGGUGCAAACGUCAAGUAUUGAGUUACUGAAGACGCUUUCUUCCCCAUCGCUAACUGAGGCCCAGGUGCAAACCUCCAAACUUGCAGUAGCAGAAGCAGAGGAGGUACCUCUUUCCCCCUCACUAACCGUGGCCCAGGUGCAAACCUCCAAACUUGCAGUAACGGAAGUGGAGGAGAUGCCUCCUUCCCCCUCACUAACUGAGGUCGAGAUGCAAACCUCCAAACUUGCAGAAGCAGACGCAAAGAUGACCUUUCCUUCCCCAUCACAAACUGAGGUUCACAUCCAGUCUUCGUAUUUUGAAGUACCAGAGUUGGAGGAUGAGAUGCCCACAACCCCAAUCAAAGAGAAGCCCCUCCCCCUAACACUGAUGGAGGCCCAGGUGCAAACUUCAUAUGUAGACAUACCAGCAGGGAAUAAGUGGCGUUCAUCACGACUACAAGUGGAAGCCCUGGUGCAAACCUCCAGGCUUGAACUGCCAGAGGCAAAAGAGAAGGCUCCUUCCCUAUCCCAAACACAGGCUGAGAUGCAAACCACCAGGGUUGAAAUAACAGAAGAGAAAGCAGCACCUCUGACUCCUCCAGAUGUUAAAAUAUUAGAAGAGGAGACGCUGAAGGAGGAAGUAGAGCUGAAGCUUCCAUGCCCUGAAUAUACCGAGGCCCAGGUGCAGACCUCACUUGUUGAAAUACCUGUGGGGCAGAAGUGGCGUUCAUCCCGUUUAUGUACCGAGGCCCAGGUGCAAACUUCAUAUCAAGAACUCCCAGUUGUGAAGAGCAAGACUUUGCCCCCACAAGGUACUGGGGUGGUAAAGAAGGUCACUGAGCGUGCAGCAUCAAAGAAACUAGCAAAAACCUCGACACGAGCAACACCAAUAUCUGUGCACUUACAUGUAAAGAUGACUCCACGGCGCCGGAAUGGGAAUAAAAAGAACUAGUAAAAACUUGAAUUUAAACAAAUAAA